CCCAUGUGAGAGCCGCCGUCAACGGGCGACGGAGACCGGGGGAUGGAGGAGCGACGACUGAGGGAUCUUUGGAGAGAGGCGCGGGAGCUAAGCUUCGGCACCUCCGGCGAGGUGGAGAGGCUGGAGUCUCCGCCCACGCCGCUUCGCUUCCUCCGGGACUACGUCGCCGCCAACAAGCCCUGCGUCAUCUCUCGCGCCGCCACUCUCCACUGGCCCGCCAUCGGCCGGUCCCUCUGGUCCGACGACGCCUAUCUCUGCCGCGCCCUCAACGGCCGCUCCGUCUCCGUCCACCUUACCCCCCAUGGCCGCGCUGACUCCCUCGUCCCCCUGCCGUCCGCGCCUGGCGGCGGCCGGGGCCUCUGCUUCGCCACCGCCUGCUCCCGGAGCAUGGAGUUCUCAGAGGCCCUCCACCUAAUCGCCGCCACUGGAUCGCCGUCCUCCCCGGUCGUAGCCUACGCCCAGCAGCAGCACGAUUGCUUCCGGGCGGAGUACUCGGCUCUGGCGGCGGACGUGGAGCCGCACAUCCCAUGGGCCACCGAGGCGCUCGCUUGCCUCCCGGAGGCAGUCAACCUGUGGAUCGGCAAUGGACGGUCGGAGACGUCGUUCCACAAGGAUCACUACGAGAACCUUUACGUCGUGGUGACCGGCAAGAAGCAUUUCCUCCUGCUGCCCCCCACUGAGGCACACCGCCUCUACGUCCGCUCUUAUCCUGCCGCCCAGUAUGUCGCCAGAACCUCCUCCUCCUCUGAGGAUAUGGGAGAGCUGAAGCUGGAAAUGUUGGAGCCUGAGACACUUGUUCCUUGGUGUAGCGUCGAUCCAUACCCUCCAUCACCGGAGGCCAUGGCGGAGCACAGGUCAUCCUUCCCUUUAUACUUCGAGGGCCCUAGGCCAUUCGAAUGCACUCUUGAAGCAGGGGAGAUGCUCUACCUGCCAAGUAUGUGGUUUCAUCAUGUCAGGCAAACACCUGACUGCAAUGGGAAGACAAUUGCUAUUAAUUACUGGUAUGACAUGGUGUUUGAUAUUAAGUAUGCAUACUUUAAUUUCUUGCAAACCAUCAAUUAUUCUCCUUGCACCAAGGAGUCAUCAUGGAUGCUAUGCAAUUCAAGUUGUGAUGCAACUCUAGAAGACUAGAUGAUAACAUGCACUUCUCAAUGAACACUAUGCUAAAUCCUAUCAUUGGUCUGACUAUGGGUAAAGAAUGGAUUGCUACUCAAUUUCUGAGUUAUCAUACUUGCUAACUUGAGUUAUUAUGUGGAUAAGAGAUCGGAAAAAGGUUAUAUCGAGUUAUUGACUGUGAUGGGCAACUGCUUUAAGGGUUGGUGUGAGAGUUUGUGUGCCAGAAUUUACACAGUAGUAACUGGAACUUGUCAAUCUAACAGUCCAUCAAGGUUAUCCAGUGCUUUUAGCAGCACUAACCAUUCUUGUUUCUAAUCACUGUAAAAGGCUUUAAGAGAAGUAUUUAUGCCUAUGGUUGCAAUAGGCAUUCUUCAUGUGUCCCAUAUAUCAUCUGUAUGGAAUAUACUUAUGCAUGAAAAAACAUGCUAUGCUUUCUUCUGACAAAGUCAAUAGUCCUGGUGCAAUUUUUCUUC